AUGGACCAAGCAUCGCGGCUGCUGGCCACAACAAAUCAUGUCUACACGCGAGCUGAUCUCGGUGGAGAUCCGUCAAGCCGGCCGGCCUUCUACAAAACCGUUGGCAUAUGUCUGGCCAUUGCCUCCGGUCUAUUUAUCGGCGUCUCCUUUAUCCUGAAAAAGAUGGGUCUACUGGCUGCCAACGCAAAGUAUAAUGAGGAAGCUGGCGAGGGCUAUGGCUUCCUGAAGAACGCUUACUGGUGGGGCGGCAUGACGCUCAUGAUUCUCGGAGAGCUUUGCAACUUGGCUGCAUAUGCCUUCACCGACGCCAUUCUUGUCACGCCACUCGGUGCGCUGUCCGUCGUGGUUACCACAGUCCUGUCCGCCAUAUUUCUCAAGGAGCGACUGAGCAUGGUUGGCAAGGUCUCCUGUUUUCUGUGUCUGGUAGGUUCAGUUGUCAUCGUUAUGAACGCACCACAGCAGUCUGCCGUCGCCACUAUUGAGCAAAUGCAAGACUUUGUCAUCAAGCCUGGAUUUCUGUCCUACGCUGGCGUCAUCAUCAUUGGCUUUUUCGUCGCCGCGUUCUGGGCCGGCCCAAAAUGGGGCAAGAAGACCAUGUUGGUCUACAUCUCCAUCUGCAGCUGGAUCGGAGGCUUGAGCGUUGUCGCUACCCAGGGUCUGGGCGCUGCGAUUCUGACCCAGAUAGAGGGCACACCGCAGUUCAACAAGUGGUUCAUCUAUGUCCUCCUCGUUUUCGUCAUCGGCACUCUCCUCAUUGAGAUUGUGUAUCUCAACAAGGCGUUGAAUAUCUACAAUGCUGCCAUGGUCACGCCGACCUACUAUGUUUACUUCACCAGCACAACCAUCAUUACGUCGGCCGUGCUUUUCCGAGGCUUCAAAGGCAGCGCCAAUCAGAUUGUGAGCGUCGUUAUGGGUUUCCUAACCAUUUGCGCCGGCGUUGUUUUGUUACAAUUAUCCAAAUCCGCCAAGGACGUACCCGAUACGGCGGUGUUCACAGGAAACUUGGACCAGAUUCACACUAUCGCCGAGCAGGAGCAGUCUGAGACUGAGCCCAAAGCUGACGCCAUUCGUGGUGCUGCGGCCAUAGUCCGCAGGUUUUCAGCUACGAGGCAAAAGAGGGAGGCUGAGGAAUUCAAACGACUUCACGAAGAAAAGCAGCGGGAGCAGCUGGCGCCAGUGGGUGAAGACGGGCCGGAGUAUGAGUGGGAUGGACUCAGACGCAGGAAGACUAUGCUUGGAAGCCAAAGCAGCGUUGGGCGGGGCAGGUCCGGCACAGUACGCAGCACGUUCACCAUUCCCCGGACUCCAGAGGUUCACCCUCCCCUUGGCAUGUCUCAUUUCCCCACGGAUGACGAGCUCGCCGACAUCGACCGACCCAGCUCGCCCGGCAUGAUGUCUAGCAUUGCUGGUACGAUCCGGAACCGCGCCCGAUCCGUAUUAACCCCCAACCGACCUGACUUCUCCCUCGACCCAAAGCAACAACCCCCGAUGCCCCCGGUUCCUCUGACAGACAUUGCAGUGUCCGGUCACUCAAUAAACGACGGAAGCUCGUAUCGCACAAGACCUCAUGACUCUGAUUAUGGCGUCUCAAACACAGAAUAUACGGGUGCCAAGGGUGUAUAUCAUGCCCGGCAUGGAUCUCACGUCAGUGGUGUUAGCGGCGGCAGCUCCUUCCUCGCACCUACGCCACCACCGCAUACAGCCAGGAGGCAAUUUUCCUUCCAGAACAUCUUCAAACGAGGCCAGACAUCUUCUUCUGCCGUCGAGGCUGAUGACGAGCUCCCGCAUCCCCCACGGUCAGCUGGUCACCUAACGCGCUUCGGUCUGGGAUCGCGAGGCAAUUCAACUCCUCAGGUCAAGAACGCAACUGAAGAGGAGCAAGCUGGCCUUGUGAAAGGCGACUCACGAUCAAUGCCAGCGUUGCCUCGUUAUGAUGACGAUGAUGAUGACGACUACGAUGAUGACGAAAACGACGAGUACUACCCGGGAGACGACAAGCGACAUGUGUUGGGACACUCUGGCGAUCUAUCUUCCGCCCAGGCAUCUAAAUACGGUCGAGGCAUCACAGGAUCGCCACCGAGUAGGGCACGAGAGGAUCAAGUGGCACAAGAGGCUGAGUAUGAAGCACAGCGGACACGGUACAACACAUCACGUGGUGGCAGCGAGAGGAGCCCAUCACCGCCGCAACCUCCACCACACAGAACUCCGCCGCAUAGGAAAGGGGGCAGCAGGGACGCCUUUAUGUGA